GUCACAAUCCUACCUGUCGUGUUAAUUGGAUGCAAUAUCGUCGAGCUUAAUUGUGUGAUGGGGGAAGGGUUCUCGCAUUGUCCCGUUGACAUGACGAUCCUGCGGUGUGAUGGCGAGUAUCUGGGGCUGAUUUGAGGCCUAUCCGUGCAUUUAGAGAGUGCUUUCCUGUGGCUUCUCUAUUUGUGAUGGCACCUGCACGUCCUGUCACUGUCACUUCUUUUCCUCCCGCUGGCUGGCGAGAGAAGCAGAGGGCAAUUCGACCAAAGGUGGGAGAGCCGGGUGGUACAGCAGAUCUUCCAUGGUCUUCCCUCGAUCAAGCGCGGGCCACCUCGGUUCCGGCGAUGAUGCCUUGGAGGUGUCACUUACCGCCUGCUCUCCUUCCCGCUUAUGUCGUUUUCUCGGUGGACUUGUUUUUGGCAUUGCUUGGCUCUUCCUUGGAAAAUUCUAAAUUUGGGAGCGACUGCCUUGGCCUGGCUCCUUGGAUGUCUUCACGCAUCUUUCUGACUUUGUUAUCGCGGUGGUUUCGUUGCCGGAGCUGGCGUGGCCAGUCAGCACGUCGAUUCGGAGGAAGAUCGUACCUGGACGGCUGCAGAUCAAGCGGUCUCCUCUUCCGAUGGCCAUGCGACGCAUAGAGAAGCCACGGCCAUAGGCCGUCCCGGAAACUGACGUAGCUGGUCUCGAGAGAUGACAGGAAAGCGUCCUGAAACCGCCGAGUGCCAAAGAAGAGGCCUCGCUAAGAGAGGAUAUUUUUCUUCUUCUGGAAUCUGUAUCGAGGUUGCCU